AUGUCCGAUGGAUGGACUGAUGGAAAGUCUCGCUCUCUUACUAAUUUCCUUGUUAAUAGUCCAAAUGGAACGGUGUUUAUUAAAUCAAUAGACACCUCCGGUGCAAUUAAAAAUUCUAUGAAAUUAUUUGAGAUGCUUAAUGACAUUGCGAAUGAAAUUGGUGAAGAAAAUGUGGUUCAAGUGGUAACCGAUAGUGCAUCAGCGUAUGUGGGUGCCGGUAGAUUAUUGGAAGAGAAGAGGACUAAAUUGUUUUGGUCCCCAUGUGCGGCACAUUGCCUUGACUUAAUGUUAAGUGACAUAGCUAUGGAUAGAGUGAAGGAAGAAAUUGCUUCAAACUUGAACCAUGUGAUGGGUAGAUAUAAGUGCAUUUGGGAAAUUAUUGAUACUAGAUGGGAUUUACAACUCCAUAGGCCUUUGCAUGCGGCGGCAUAUUACCUUAAUCCGAUGUUUCAUUAUCAAGAAAACUUCACUGCGGAUACGGAGGUGAAAAUUGGUUUAUUUAGAACCAUUGAGAGGAUGUAUCCGGAUAUAGAGAAUAGAGUGAAGGUUGAUGAGCAAUUAGAAAAGUUCAAGAAGGCCGAGGGUAUGUUUGGUAUGAGCAUGGCCAUCUUGACAAGGGAAAAGAAACAACCCGCUCUAUGGUGGGAAAGUUACGAAGAAGAGUGCAAAGAGCUUCAAAAGCUAGCUAUUAGAGUGCUAAGUCUUACUUGUAGUGCCACCUGGUGUGAGAGAAAUUAUCAUGUGCACUCGAAGAAAAGAAACCGGUUGGAGCAACAAUAG